AUGCCGCCCGUGCUUGCCGGCAGCGGCCGCGCGUUGCGAGCUCCGCCCUGCACGUGCCGCGCCGCAGCAACCGGCGCCAGCAGCGAUUCCAGCAGCACGGGCAGCCACCUUGAGCGAAAGCUAGAGGCAUUUGAAACGUCACUCGGCGGCCUGUCGCGGCCGGCGCUGAUGCAGCUGCUCAGCCGCGCGCCGCCGCAGGUGUGCAGCUUCAGCGGCGAAUCAUUUGAACUCACCCUGGCAUCCUUAGAGGCAGCGCUGGGCAUGGACCGCGCCUUUGUCAUCCAGCUCGUGCGUGCCGCCCCCCACGUGCUUGUCGCGCCGCAUGAGCCAGUCGCCGUGCUGCGCCUGCUGACGGCGGUCCUCCGCCUACCGCGCGGCAUGGUGGCUGCAAACCUGCGCACGCGGCUGCACGUGCUCGCGCUCAGCGAGGCGCAGCUGCGCGAGCGGUGCGCGACGCUGGGCGCGAUUUUGGAAUGCGAGGUCCUCCCUGGCAGCAGCAGCGGAGAGGGCUUCAGCAGCAGCAGCAGCAGCAGCAGCAGCAGCAGCAGCAGCAGCAGCAGUGCCGAGGCCGGCUUUGCUGCAUUUGCCGCACGCUACCCCGGUCAGGCGCUCGCGCUCGUUUCCUUCCCAGAGGACUCUGUCGCGAAGCGGCUGCAGGCCAGCGCCGCCGCGCUGGACGGGGCGCCGGCCAGCGCGGUCGCGGCGCUCGCGCGGGCGCGGCCCCUUGUGCUUGAGCUGUCGCCGCUUGUGCUGCGCUCGCGCGCCAUGGUGCUGGCGGAGGCCGCGUUCUGCGACUCGCUGCGCCCCGAGGAUGCGAGUAGCCACAGCAGCAACGGCGCCGGCGGCGGCAGCAGCGGCGGCAGCAGUGUCAGCGGCGUCAGCGAGGAGGAGGUGCUCCACGGCGCAGCCCAGCGGCGGCCGCACGCGCUGCGGGAGCUGCUUGCUGCUUUAGACGGCGACGAGUUGGAGGGCCUCGCGGACCGCUUGAUGCUGGCGCCCCACAGCCUGCACCUGUGGCUGCAGCAGCUGCGCGGCCUGCUGCCCGCGCUGCCGCCGCUGGGCGUGGUGCGGCUGCUGCUGCGGCUGAGGGUGCGGCCGCCGGACGUGCUGGUGCGGUGGCAGGCGCUGCAGCUGGUGGCGCGCGGCGGCGGCGAGUGGGAGGCGGAGCUGAGGGAGGCGGGGCCUGCUGAGCUGGCCACACUGCUGAGCGCCAGCCACGAGGCCAUGGCGCGGAUGCGCUACUUGUCGUCUACCGGCCGCCGCGGCGAGGCACGGCUGGAAGAGGCGGUCGCCAUGGGUGGCGACGCGUUCCUGGCGCGAUUCCCUGGGUUUCAGGAGUGGCUGCGCUGCGGCGGGUGA